UCAGCGAAGAGAAAAAGUAAUACACUUGACCGGUGUAUAUGUUGCUAUAAACGUUGCCAUAAACAUUACCCUAUCAUUUGGUCUGUAUGUUGGAGCAGGUCUGUUCAAUUUCAUUAGCCUCGAAGUAGUGUCAUUCGUGUUGUUUCAAGGCCAACUUCACGUCUAAAGUGUACGGCAGUCGCUCUUAACUUUACCUACUAAUCGUGGUUAAAAUGGAAUUUUGUAAAGAAAUCCUGACGACAUCACGAUUGGGGCAGCGAGAUUAUAUUGCAACAAUAUCGAAUCUUAUUUUAGGAAUUGUAUUGUCAAGUGUUGCACUUGGUUUAAACACUCGAGAAGCUCUUCAUUUUCGAUGCAACAAUGUCAAAAAGAACGCGAGUGACGAAAAUAACGACAUUGUACAAAAAGAAUGCCACCUUCGUUAUAGCGAACAUUAUGAUUCCCCUAUUUCAAUUUUCCUUCACAUAAACUUGAACUUCUUCCUUCCGACAGCCGUAUGUAUUAUCUAUUCUUGGUGCUGUGUGAAAACCCAAGUUGAACGCGUUGAAGAAAUUUGUAAGUUUGACAAAGAAAACCCGCAACGUACACAAAAGAUAACGACCAAGCGCAUUUACAGGUGGUGUGUCUUUCAGCUAUUUGUACGGUUAAUUUUCAGAGUGUCUGUCUUGCCGAUUACCUUUUUGACAGAUCAUUUGAUUCCCACAGAUUAUCCAUCUGAAUUUUCUUGUCGACUCAAAUUGAAAGUUGUAAGACGUUGCAUUAAUCAUUUAGGUUUAGAAAAGACAGCAUUAGCAUAUGUGGUGCAUGGUUUCAAUCUUUUUUUUAUGGUAUACGUAUUUUGCGAACUAUGUUACUUAAMGUACGCCACAUGCAAACGCCCAGAUUUUGCGUGUGACUCUGAGUUUUGUCAAAAAUAUCUUUUACGAAAACGUAAAGUGCCACUGUUGUUUACGGAGAAGUUGAACAUUCUGAAAGUUCAGAUGAAGGAACAAACCAUGUUUCUUGAACCUUUACUUCCAACAGUCUUUGACCACAAUGGAAAAAUCUAUACAGAAUUUCGCAUUCGUUCCAAGAAGGAUGGGAAGCYAAUAMAACUUAAAGAUAUAUUCCGRGAUGAUAAUCUGCGAACUAUUCUAWUCAUUGGUCAGAAUGGCAUAGGGAAGUCCUCGUUAUGCACAAAACUCUUAAGUCAUUGGAGCGAAGGAGAACUUAAUUGUGUGCAAGAAUUUGAGCAUGCAUUUUUAUUCAGAUUUCGACAUUUAAAUUCCAAGUCCAUGGAAAAUAUAUCGCUCAAGGAAUUUCUCGGAAAAGCAGAACACUCCAUCGGUGAAUUAGAUGAUGAUACAUUGCAAUAUAUUUUAAAUAAUGCUGAAAAGAUUUUGAUCAUAYUUGAUGGUUUGGAUGAAUUUGAAUGUAUUGACGAUUCCUUAGAUGUUGAAAGGGACUAUGCUGGGUUCAACGGUGUUAAUGACAAGAUUCCARUUUCAGCCCUCUUCGUCAAAUUACUGCAAAAGAAAUUCCUUCGCGGGGCUACCGUAGUGACAACUACAAGACCAAACACAUUUGACACUGUUCCAUCWUUUAUCCGUUUUGACAAGAUUUUAGAAAUCGAAAGAUUUCAAGAUAACGAUGUCAAAGACUUUGUUGACAAGUUUUGCAAUGAGUCAGACUCAGACAAAGCAACGUGGGAGCAGAUUCAAUCAAAUCUCAACAUAUUGGAAAUUUGUAAAAUACCUGCAAUAUGCCUCAUUGUUUGUAACUUUUCAAAUAGUUGCUCUUUUGCUUUAAAAGCAAGAUUCACAAAGGUCUACAAGGAARUACUCAGGAUGUUCAUAUUGAGACAUCAUCCUGAUUUCAAGACUAAAUUGAGAGCUCGCAGCUUUAGUUGCUCACUCGAACAACUCUUUUCAUCUUGUYCAAAAUUAAAGAUAGAGAAAUUGGCAUCAUUAGCAAAGAAAGGGCUCGAAGACUGUAGAGACGUUUUUGACAAAAAAGAGCUUGACAAAYAUGGCUUAAAAGCCAACGACCUUUUGGUGUGCUUGCCAAGAAAUGAUGUCUUGCCCUACGGCUACAUCGCUGAACCUCAGUACCAAUUUGCCUUUCCAUACCUUCAAGAGUUUCUAGCUGCCAGGUGCAUUGUUACCGAAGCUCAAAGAGGAGUUCUGAAUCCUGCUGAUUAUAUCAAAGAUAAAACGUCGGAUGYGGAUUGGCAUCUUGUGCUUCAGUUCGUAUCAGGGCUCAUUGGUAUGCAGUCUGUGUCACGUAGAUGGGAAAGGUACAAGGAAGCAGUCCAAAAAACGUUUAAUACGGUCCUCCAAGAAUGCUUUACAGGAUUAGAGGAGUUAUCGAUGAAGACCGCAUUAAACACGAUGAAAUGUUUUUACGAGCUAAAUGACGACGGCGAAAUCAGCCUGGGCGAAAUAGAUCGUGUUGCAUCAGGGCAUUCGGUGCAACAGAUAAAUUUCUCAAACCUGAAGGUUUCACCUGUUGAUUGCAAAGUAAUGGCCGAUUUCUUACGUCGACUUCCAACACCAUUGGAAUUACUCAAUUUGAGUUCUAACUCCACAGUUCGUGACAGUGGACUGGCAGAACUGAUCCGGUUGAUCGAGGAAAAGAGUCCCAAAACACUCAACAUCUCAAGUUGUAAAAUUACAGAUAAAGGCUUAGAAGACCUGAUGAAAGCAACUCGUAAGGAGAGUUCCACACUAACCUGUUUGAUAAUGGGUGGCAACCCUGAUAUUACAGAAAGUGGAAUACGAGAAUUAUGCUCAGCUCUCAAAGAUGUCAAGUUUAACGUCGAAAUCUUGGAUCUGUAUGGUAUAGAAUUGAGUAAAAAUAGUUCUGAACACAUUUGUCAAACCCUCCAGGAUAGCAAUUGUCCACUGUCUGAGUUAUACGUAAACCUUGAUGAAGAGUUUAAAACACCCUCGAUUAAAGGAAACCAUAGCCCUACAGCGAGCUCCAGCCCAAGCCACCCUUGUCCUUGUCCACCUAAUUCACAGCCUAUGAAUCCGAUCCCGAAACCCUUUUCAGAGUAUCGGUUAUUCAACGCAAUCGUGCUUUCUAAGCUUGAAGUAUUGGGGCUCAGAAAUAAUAAAAUCACAGACAAUGGUCUUCGCUUGCUUUGUGCGAUAAUCGAAGACAGUAGAUGCCCACUAAAGAAGUUAUAUCUAAUCGGAAACCGUAUUACCGGCAAAGGACUCGACGAGCUUAUGAAAUCGCUAGCAAGUCAGCCCGACUGCAAACUGGAGGUAUUAAACCUGGAAUCGAACAACAUUACCUGUGCUGAUAGUGAUGUACGGAAACGUAUUUGUGACGGAUUAAGACAUUGUAAACUUUCGACCCUUAAUCUUUCUCGUAAUGGCAUAUUACCUAAUAAUAAAAGAUGUUUAAGCAAAGCUGAAAAGCCAGAAUCUCUGUCAUUAGAUAUGUAAUCGUUAAAAAAAAAGAAAAACAAAACGAUGUUCAAAACUGAGUCAAAGCGAAUCACAAUUAAGGGACCAUCACGUGCCUCGUACGACAGCGAGCAUUUAUAUUGCCGAUUUACUUGAGGCAAAGAAACUUGAACAUUGCCUAACUAUGUGCAUUGCCUCUGACAACUAUGAAGAUUAUGCACCGGUUUUGUGUAUAGAACAUGUAGAGUAGACACUUUAAAAUCGAUGAAACAAAUAAUACUAAUUUAUUACUAUACUAAAUGGGGCACUUAGUACCAAUUUUAAGUACACGAAAUUUCUUGUAAAAACACAUUUCAAGAAAGAGGGAGGUUUGUUAAGAAACCUGUUUAACUUCAAAGCUAAGCGGCUCCGUUGUCUGGGAUUGAUGAGGACUCGUGCCCGACUUCAAUGGUGACGCCAUUUUGAACAUCAAAGCGUGAUUGGAGACAUUGUCUUUCUCCCACUUUUUUAUGCUCGCUAAAAUUCGCCCCAAAAUCAGUUUUGUGUUUCGUUCGCAAUUCAAAACGGCAAAAUUACGUGCAUUUUGCAAAGAAAGCACGAAAAUGGAUUGUGUUGAUUAUACCGAGGCAUUAGAUGGCGGCGAUGAUUAUGUUGCGUAGCGUUCACUUCAUGAUGUCGGACAGCGGGUCUUCUCUAUCUGUAAAUAAGUAACUAAUUGAAGCACACAACAAAUAUUAUUCAUAUUGCACGUACUCAUGAUCUACACAAAUAAAACUCUUGCUGGUA